AUGGGUAACACAAACAAUACAGUCAAAGGAAACAGUAAAAAAACUUCAGUUCAGCCAUCUGGUAGAAGGCCACCUGUACUUGGUUCAGUCAAUGGGUAUAACUAUUAUCCUAAUCAAUAUGCACCUGAACAAUAUUAUUAUCCUGAAUAUGCUCCAAAUUAUUCUGCAUAUCCUCAAAAUUAUCCUGCACGUCCUCCAAAUCGUCCUGCAGUUUCUAGUGAUGAAUAUCUGCAAAAGGAAUUUUUUUCACAAGCGCCAACAAACAAUGAAGCCGUCGAAGAACGUCCUCUAACUCAUCAUAGUCAUGUUCACCAUUCACACAGUGCAAAAAGCAAUGAUCAUCGUCAUCAUCAUCAUCAUCAUCAUCGUCAUCAUCAUCACAUACCUGAAGAUCACAAUCAUUAUCAUCACCAUCAUCAUCAUCAUCCACCUCCACCCGCUACUGAAAACGAAAGUACAAAUCCUUCUACACUUAAAGCAGAUGCAAUCUCUUCUCGUCCACUUGCAGAAGAUCCGCCUUCUCUUCAGACAACAAGUCUUAUCACCCCUGUUGUCAAUAAAGAAAUACUAACUUCUCAACCUGUCAUUGAUUCAACUUCUGUUGUAGCACAAAAAUCUUCCACUCCUGUUGUAGUUAAACAGCAACCACUUCCACCAACAACCAUAUCUCCAUCUCUUCCAGUAACAAUGAACAAUUUUGAAAAAGCUCCAAUAUUAGUAACAAAUCAUGUUCUAAAAUCAUCUGAUAAAAAGUCAAUAAAUAGCUAUGGAGCAGAUACAUUGUCUAUCGUAAAACGAACUCAAUCACAGCCUUCAACACCGGGUAGUAAAUGGUAUGAACAUGAUUAUGAUAAAAGAAUAAAACCACUUACUACUGAAUAUGUUUGA